CUCCUCCUUUCUUAAAGGGCCCGUUUGCAAAAAGACAGCUGCACAGGUGGCAGGAUCCCCGAAGAAAGAGGCAGAGAUGCCCCCAAAGGCCAAGGAGAACCCUGGGGCCUUUAAAAGACUAACCAACUCAGGAAAAGGAGCCAUGAUCGGAGCUGGACUAGGAAUCGGACUCACCGUCGUGGGGCUCCCUUUGGUGCUCGGAGCUGCGGGCUUCACCAGCGCAGGAAUUGCAGCCGGCUCCAUUGCAGCCAAGAUGAUGUCAGCCUCAGCGAUCGCCAGCGGCGGUGGGGUUGCAGCCGGCAGCUCAGUGGCCGUCCUUCAGUCCAUUGGGGCAGCGGGACUCGCACUGAGCACCAAACUUGGGGUGACUGCAGCGACGGCCAGUGCUGGGGCAGCCAUUGGGGCUGCAAAGAAGCCAAGCCCCAAAAAGCCCUAGGAUUCAUACAAGUUAUUUGGAUAUUAUUGCAGCAGGGCCUUUUGGCAUCUGCCCCGCUACCAAGAGCCUCUUUGAAUUUUGAUGAUUUCUUACAGACAAUUUUUGGGAAAUUGACCUUUCUUUUAAAAGGGUUUCAUUUCUUUAAAAAUCGCAAUGGAAGCAUAUUAAUCAAUAAAACCACACGAAGCAGCCAAGACUCUAGUCCACAAGGGGAUUUGUGUGACUUGGUUGCUAUUUUGGCCA